CUUUCAUUUUCACUUGUUUCUCCUUCUUCCUUUGGUUUCUCUAUCCUUGUGUGUGUGUGUGUGUCGGUGAUCAGAUCUCUUCUCCUUUUCUCCUGCCGACGAAAACUUGCGUUUAAAGCAAUGCUGUUCGCACUCACCUUUCAGCCACAAUUGCUCGGUUUAGCUUAAGCUGGGUUUUGUUUCGGUUUUCGUGGGUUUGGUGAGAGAGAGAGAGAGAGAGAGAGAGAGAGAGAGAGAGAGAGAGAUAGAGAGAGAGAGAUAGAGAGAGAGGGUUUUAUUCGGUUGUGGCGGAGGAGAGGUGAAUGAGAAAUUCGCCUGCGAUUCUGUCUCUGUCGGUGAAUUAUUGCCGGAGCAGAAGCAGGUGGGAUUCUAGCCUCGCGAUUUGGAGCAGUGGUCGAUGGGGCCAAUGCGGCUGAUCUGAUUCUUCUCUCCGAUUUCGAUUUCCCCUAAAUUCAGAUCGAUCCUGAUUUCCACGGAAAUUCAAUUUUCCAGGAAUUUUGUUUUUCUUUUUCAAUUCCACCGGUUAAGUCGUCUCGUCGAUAAUCCAAGGAUGAACACGAUGCAGCAAGAUCAUCGUAAGAAGAACAACCUGGAGAUGGAGUUCUUUUCUGACUAUGGCGAUGCCAACAGAUUUAAAAUUCAAGAGAUAAUUGGAAAAGGCAGCUAUGGAGUUGUUUGCUCGGCCAUAGAUACCCUUACGGGUGAGAAAGUUGCGAUAAAGAAGAUUCAUGAUAUUUUUGAACAUAUUUCUGAUGCUGCAAGGAUACUGCGCGAGAUAAAACUGCUCCGGCUCUUAAGGCAUCCAGAUAUUGUUGAAAUUAAGCACAUUAUGCUUCCUCCUUCACGAAGAGAAUUCAAAGAUAUUUAUGUUGUGUUUGAGCUCAUGGAAUCGGAUCUUCAUCAAGUUAUUAAAGCCAAUGAUGAUUUGACUAGAGAGCAUUACCAAUUUUUCCUGUAUCAGUUAUUGCGUGCACUGAAGUACAUUCACACAGCUAACGUCUACCACCGAGACCUGAAACCAAAGAACAUAUUGGCAAAUGCAAACUGUAAACUUAAGAUUUGUGAUUUCGGAUUGGCAAGGGUUGCAUUCAAUGAUACUCCCACAACAAUCUUCUGGACUGACUAUGUUGCUACAAGAUGGUACAGAGCUCCAGAGCUUUGUGGAUCUUUUUACUCUAAGUAUACACCCGCAAUUGACAUCUGGAGUAUAGGCUGCAUUUUUGCGGAAGUAUUGAUGGGAAAACCACUUUUCCCUGGGAAGAAUGUGGUCAACCAGCUGGAUCUUAUGACUGAUCUGCUAGGGACACCUUCCCUGGACACCAUCUCCCGUGUAAGGAAUGAGAAGGCAAGGAGGUACUUAACAAGCAUGAGGAAAAAGCCACCCAUUCCGUUUGCUCAGAAGUUUCCAAACGCAGAUCCUUUGUCUUUGAAGUUGCUGGAGAGGCUUCUUGCUUUUGAUCCAAAAGACCGCCCAACUGCUGAAGAGGCACUUGCCGAUCCAUAUUUCAAGGGAUUGGCAAAAGUGGAAAGGGAACCUUCAUGUCAACCCAUCACGAAGAUGGAAUUUGAGUUUGAAAGAAGAAAAGUCACUAAAGAGGAUAUCAGAGAGCUAAUAUCAAGGGAGAUACUUGAGUACCAUCCUCAGCUGCUAAAAGAUCACAUGAACGGGGCCGAUAAAGCCAGUUUCCUCUACCCAAGUGCUGUUGAUCAAUUUAGGAGACAGUUUGCGCAUCUUGAGGAAAACAGCGGGAAAACCGGCCCUGUGGCACCUCUAGAAAGGAAACAUGCCUCUCUUCCCAGAUCAACAGUUAUACACUCAACCGCAGUUGCACGAGGAGGACCACCAAAUUUUUCGAGCCUUGAAACUAGUCAAAACGUUCCUCUUAACCAUCAUGCAUCAUUGCAAGCACCGCAAAGAAACUUCUCAGCCGCCAAACCAAGCACGUUUAUGGGCCCGGUGGCACCUUUCGACAAUGGCAGAAUUAGCAGAGAUGCAUAUGACCCGAGAUCAUUCAUCCGCAGCACUACUCUUCCCUUUCCACAACAGUCUGCGACAACAGUGAAUCAACAAGAGAGGAGACCAACCAUGGAGUCUGAGAAGCAGGCAAGACAAAUAUCUCAGUGUAAUAGAUACGCACCAGACGUAGCUAUCAACAUAGAUAACAACCCGUUUAUCAUGGCUCGAACCGGAAUGACCAAAGCUGAAAACAUCAGUGACCGGAUCAUAAUCGAUACAAAUCUCUUACAGGCGACCGCAGGAAUAGGAGUUGCAGCGGCGGCUGCAGCAGCUGCUCCUGGUGGUUCUGCUCACCGGAAAGUUGGAGCUGUUCGUUACGGUAUGUCAAAGAUGUACUAGUCUCCACCUAAUGCGAGGAUUUGAUCACACAGAACAUCGUAUGUUUCAGCUUUUGUGAUAUAAAAGAAAAUUGUCUUUGACACAACGUUAUUAUCAAAGAAAAAUUGGUUUUCUUUAUCAAUGUUGAUCCGUCAUUUGUUUUUGCUUUUUUAUUUGUACUUUAUAUUCUCGACAGAUAAAUAAAUAGAUGUUAUAUUC